GUCGGCGCAUGUAAUACAUGGUAUUUUGUAAAUCCUUAAAUAAUGCCAAAUUAGCGAAAUUACGUCAACUUUGUGAAACAAAACCCAUUUAGUUUUGUAAGAACAUUCCAGUGCUUUUAAAAAUGCUAAAAAACUUGAUGCUGUUGUGUAUAAUUUUAAACCUAACCACAAAUAUCCACUACGUGUCAAGCACAAGUAAAGAAGAGGUUGCAAAAGUAAAACUGCCACCGUGCCGGGCUUGUAAAAUUUUCGUAGAGUCAUUCAAAAAGGGAAUAGAAAAAACAAAGAAGGGUAAGUUUGAGGGAGGUGACACUGCUUGGGAGGAGGAAAAACUCGGCAGUUAUGCCACUAGUGAAAUUCGUUUGAUCGAAAUUCAAGAAAAUGUGUGUUCUGAUGUCGUGGAGGGUAAAGAUCAGUGUUACGCCCUCCAUGAACAGUAUGAUUCUGAAGUAGAAGAUUGGUGGUUUCAUAAGCAGACUGAAGAACCCGAUUUGUUUAAAUAUUUUUGUAUUAAAACUGUCGAGCAUUGCUGUCCUGACUUACACUAUGGUGCUAAUUGCACUCCUUGUCAAGGAUACCCCGACGAUGUCUGUAGUAACAAUGGAAAGUGUAAAGGAUCAGGGACUAGGAAGGGAAGUGGUCAGUGUAGUUGCGAUCCUGGAUAUACAGGAGAUAUUUGCAAUGCCUGUGCUGAAACGUACUAUGAGGCCUAUAAAGAUGACAAAAAACUACUAUGCUCAAAAUGUCAUAUAUCCUGUGAAGGGCCUUGCUCAAAAGCUGGUCCUGCUGGCUGUGAAAAAUGCAAACAAGGGUGGAUCAUGAGUAAAGAGAAAGGUUGCACUGAUAUCAAUGAAUGUGCAACUGCACAGUCACCCUGCAAAAUGAACCAAUUUUGUGUCAAUAAUGACGGCUCCUACAAAUGUUUAGACUGUGAUAGAUCCUGUUCUGGGUGUACGGGCGACGGACCUGAUAUGUGCACCCAAUGCGCGUCUGGUUACAUUCUAGUUGACAACAUGUGCACGGAUGCAGAGCAAGAAAGUCGCAAACAACACGUCUUUCUGACAAGAUACAUGACUUAUCUCGGCCUGUGUAUAGCAACCUGUAUUAUUUUCAAUAAAAAUACGAUUUUAGCCGCCAUUAUUGGAAUUGCCGUGGCUAUUUAUAUUUCCGUUUCUGAGUAUGUUCUCAAUUCCCCACCAACUCCAAAAACCGAUGAUUUAGCGGAACAAUUAUUAUUACAUUCACAAUAGAUUGUUUUCGUUUAACGUGAUUUUUGUUACCCAUUUUUCAUAAUUAGGUAGUAAAUGUACCAAAUGUUAGAAAAUGCGGUGUUAGUCAAGAAAUUCUUCCGUUCUUAGGUUUAAUUACUGUUUGUAUAUAUUGACUGAUUGUUGAUUGCAUAGUAGAUUUAUUUAUUUUUGGUUCAGCGGUGUGAUAGGCAAUUUAUGAAAAAUUGUAAGACGAGGUUUUGUACUUUUCAAUAAAGGUAUUGCCAG